UGUCCAUGCUCUCCUGACAGCGGUAGACCCGUGACCGCUGGGGUGGAAAUGUAUCAUUUAUGACUGUAAAAUAAAAGUAUCACCGUAUUAACAUACGGUUCAAACCUGAAACUAUGGCUCGGGUUGUAAAAGUGUUCCGGACUCUGCGGAAUCACUGGAAGAAGUCCACAUUUGCUGUUUGUGUGCUGUCCUAUGGGGGCCACUGGCUGUAUGGAAAACACUGUGACAAUGUUCUGCGCAGAGAGGCUUGUCUUUUAGCUAGGGAAUUUGGGCGUCAACAGAUUGAACCACAGGAGCGGUUAAGGAAGGCAACAGUGGUAUUAAACCCUGCAGCAUGUAGUGGGAAAGCUAACAACCUGUUUGAAAAGAAUGCUGCUCCCAUUUUACACCUGGCUGGAGUGGAGAUUACAAUAGUAAAGACGGAUUAUGAAGGCCAGGCGAAAAAACUGAUGGAGUUUAUGGAGCAGACGGACAUGCUGAUCGUAGCCGGAGGAGACGGCACGCUGCAGGAAGUCAUCACUGGGUUACUACGACGGCCUGAUCAGGAUACGUUCAGCAGCACUCCGAUAGGAUUCAUUCCUCUGGGCUCCCACAAUUCUCUGAGUCCGAGUCUUCAUCUUCUCAGUGACAACAAGGUCAAAGACAUAAUAUCAGCAACUCUGUCCAUUCUGAAGGGGGAGACGGUUCCUUUAGACGUGCUGCAAAUAAAAGGAGAGAAAGAGCAGCCAGUCUUCGCUCUGACCGGUCUACGUUGGGGUGCUUUCAGAGAUGUUGCUGCAACAAUCAGCAAGUACUGGUACCUUGGGCCACUGAAGACAAACGCAGCACACUGGUUCAGAACUCUACGGGAGUGGCCCCUGGUAAGAGACGUCACCGUCUCCUACACUGCUCCAACCCUCCGACCCCCUGAUCUGCCCCCUCAAAAACCCCCCAGACCCAACCUGCUCUACCGCAUCAUGCGCCGGCUGAAGAACUACUGGAACCCUCCUGUUGAAGAGCCUCCGAAAGUGGAAGAGCCGGAGGAGUGGAAGGAGCAGCAGCUGUCGACGAUUGAGCUGUUUAUUCAAACGUACAACAAAAACCCAGUGCAGAGGCGGCUCAAUGACUCACUAAUGAUCUGUGCAGAGCCAAACGACUUCACUGUGGGAGAGUUCAUCACUGUCGGGACUAAAAAAGAAGAGGACCCAACUGUGUUCACUAAAAGCGCCACAAAACUGGAAGCCAGCGCUUGUCAGCUGCAGCUCCCUGAGGGUGCCGGGGGUUUUUACAACAUCGACAACGAGGAGUAUGAGGCCAUGCCUGUGGAGGUGAGGCUGUUGCCACGGAAACUAAGAUUCUUCAUCAGUGCAGAGCGGAGGGAGCAGCUCCUCUCACAGACACAGUGAUGAGAAAAAACACAUCAGAUCCAAAAAAAGCAGAAAAGCGAGACAAACACUGAUUUCAGCAGAAAGAAAAGAGCCAGAUGUCAGGAAGCUCGGUGUGGAUUUCUGCUCUGGCAGCGAGUUUUUACAGAAGAAUUAUUCAUUUAAAAGUCUGUUUCUGCAUCCUUAAAUUGAUGAAAUGUUAUGUUGAGGUUAUUUUAGACAACUAUAAGGAGGAUUACUUUGCAUUAUGUGAUUUAUGAGAGGACCAAGGCUUUGUUUUCAUGUGCAGGCUGUCUUAAAAUGGACUUUAUGUUUACUGGAUGGUUUACUGUCAUUACAUCUGACUUUGGUUAAUAAAUAACAGCUCUCCAUUCAAACACA